AUGACCGCGUGCAGGUUAAUCUACGGUACAGCUUGGAAGAAGGAACGUACGACUGGUCUCGUAAUCAGUGCCGUCCUCAGCGGUUUCCGCGCCAUAGACACCGCCGGUCAGCCUAAGCACUAUCGGGAAGACCUAGUCGGAGAGGCUCUGAGUACCUUGCAAACUGAGCACGGAAUCAAGCGUGAGGACUUGUUUCUCCAGACGAAGUUCACUUCACUCGGUGGACACGACCUGAAUAAACGGAUUCCAUAUGACCCCAACGCAGAGCUGGAGACCCAGAUUAACGACUCGUUUAACAACUCGCUGAAGAAUCUUCGGACGAGCUACGUCGACAGUUAUGUCCUGCACUCUCCGCUCGAGACGCUUGCGCGCACGCUCGCGGCAUGGAAAGUCUUAAUGGCGCUGCAGGACGCGGGAAAAGUCAAGUACAUCGGUGUCAGCAACACAUAUGACGUUGAGACUCUUGAGACCCUGGAGAAACAUGGGGGGCGACGUGUGCAAGUUGUUCAGAACCGGUGGUUCGAGGGUAAUGGCUGGGAUACCAAGGUCUUUGCCUAUUGCAGGAAACACAACGUCCAGUAUCAAUCCUUCUGGACUUUGACGGGAUCGCCCUCGCUGUUACAACACCAUGUGCUCUUGACCUUUGCUCAGGCCAAAGGCAUCUCCUCCGCCCAAGCAGCAUACAAGCUGGCUCAAUUGAACGACGUCACGCCGUUGUCGGGGACAACGAAAGAGGAGCACAUGAAAGCGGAUCUUGAGGUUGAAAAGGUCGAAAUUGGUGGUGAAGACCAGAAGACCCUGGAGGAGGUUUUGCGGUGGAUGGGGCUGCAGGAGAUGUAA